ACAACAUAUGUUACUUGUAACUGUACUCGCCAUCUUUUCAACCACUGCAUUCGGCCGAUACUGCGUUGACGACAGGAAGGAAUGGUGUCGUGGACACGACAUUUGGGGUUGGUGCUUCCAUAAUAAAACUGAUGGUCGGUUCAAUUGUGACGAUGAUGGCUUCUGCAGUGGACAAGAACAACUGAAGAACAAGAAAAGCACCGGUUGCUUUUUACGUGGUAACAAUACCGUUUGCUGUUGUAACGAAGCGGAUGGCUGCAACCUGGGUUUCAUACCUAUCACGCCCAAGUACAUUGUUGGACAACAAUGCACAAACACAGUGGAGAAACCAAACGAGGAUUUAAAAAUAUUCAAAGCAUGUGAUGAUCCAUGGUGUUUUGCCUUUCUGAGUGCUGUAAGUGGCUUAUUCCUAAACUCAGACUUAGUACUUAUCACUUAUCGAUGUGGCACGAAUAUCCAUGUCAAUGUUCAGGAUAUUAGCGGUGGAUUGACGACAGUGCAACGAGGUUGUCGAUCACGUAAAACACUUAUGCAUCAUAUUUCAAAGGAUGAACACGAGAAGCACAAUAACAAUACAAAAUGGUUGGAAACUGAACGCCUUGUUGGAUUACCGUCGUGUACUGACAUAACAUGGAAUGCCGAAUAUACAAACGGAACUCAAUCUAUGUGUCUUGAUUUCAACUUCAUGGUAAGUGACGAAAUCUAG